AUGAUGUCCAUGAACAGCAAGCAGGCGUUCAGCAUGCACCCCAUCCUGCACGAGCCCAAGUACCCCCACCUGCACACCAGCUCCGAGGCCAUCCGCAGAGCCUGCCUGCCCGCCCCCCAGAUCCAGGGCAACAUCUUUGCGGGCUUCGACGAGACCUUGCUGCGGGGUGCCGAGGCUCUGGCCGCUGUGGAUAUAGUAUCGCAGAAAACCCACCCGUUCAAGCCGGAUGCCACCUACCACACCAUGAGCAGCGUGUCCUGCACUCCUACCUCGUCCUCCGUGCACCUGCACCACCCGUCCGUGCUGACCACGCACCAUCCCCACCACCACCACCACCAGCCCACCCAGGGCCUGGAGGGCGAGCUCCUGGACCACCUCAACUCUGCCCUCCCGCUCGGAGGGGUGCCGGGUCCAGACGUGGGCUCCACACCUUCGCACCCUCACUCCCACAUGUCGGCCAUCAACCACAUGGCCCACCACUCCCAACCUAUGAACAUGUCCCACCCCCACGGCCUCGCUUCCCACGCUGUCAUCUCCGGCCCCGAGACGGAGACGGACCCACGGGAGCUGGAGUCCUUCGCCGAGCGCUUCAAGCAGCGGAGGAUCAAGCUGGGGGUGACCCAGGCGGACGUGGGCUCCGCGUUGGCCAACCUGAAGAUCCCGGGCGUGGGCUGCCUUAGCCAAAGCACGAUCUGCAGGUUCGAGUCCCUCACCUUGUCCCACAACAACAUGGUGGCCCUCAAGCCCAUCCUAGAAGCGUGGCUGGAGGAGGCCGAGAGGGCUCAGAGGGAGAAAAUGACCAAACCUGAGAUCUAUACAGGAGGGGACAAGAAACGCAAGCGCACUUCCAUCGCCGCCCCCGAAAAGCGGUCGCUGGAGGCUUACUUCGCCGUGCAGCCGCGGCCAUCCUCGGAGAAAAUCGCUGCCAUCGCCGAGAAGUUAGACUUGAAGAAGAACGUGGUGCGGGUCUGGUUUUGCAAUCAGAGACAGAAGCAGAAAAGGAUGAAAUUUUCUGCCACUUACUGA